AUGGCUCCAAAAGCUAUAGGAAGCGAUGACAAGAUCCCCUGUACGACACCGGACCAACUCCUCCUCGAAUUAGAAAAGCUGGAAGACGCUCUCGCACCCGAAGAGACAGAGGACACAUGGGGGAAAUUCGAAAAGGCCUUGCUGAGGUUCGCCGCGGUCACACGAGGCGGUGGGUACAGACAUACGGAUGUCUACUUGCAAGGAGUGGGCAUCAAAGGGUUGGGGGAUAAGAUCGUCCGGUGUAUGCUUUCGGACCGCGGCAAACUGUCCGGCGUGGCAACCGAUUUUCUCACUUCCAUGGCCCCGCGUCUCGCAUCCUCCUUCAUUCCCCUGAUCUCCCUCUACGUACCUCCUUUGAUCAAACUCCUCGCGAGACCCAACAAGGUCUACCUACGCCGCGCCGAGAAAUCCCUCCUCACCAUCGCUCAAUACUGUCCCCAUCCUUCCUUCAUCUUGAUCGUCAAAUCCGGGGUGGACGACAAGUCCGAUACAUGCCGGAGGGCUUGUGGGACCGUCUUGAGUUAUGUGUUGCAGGAAUGGGGGAUGGCGACGUUGGGCAACAAAGGUCUGGGCGAAGUGGAGGAUGCGAUAAAGAGGAUGGCUACGGAGAGAGAUGCCGAGGUGAGAAAGAUCGCCAAGGGAAUGUGGGAGGUCUACAACGAACGGUUUGCGGAUCGAGUAAUUGGUUUUACGACCCCGUUGACGCCCACGACGAGGAGAUACUUGAACAUCAAAGCCUCAGCUGGCGGAUCAUCGAACCCGCCACCCAAGAUGCACCCUCUUUCGACGUCCACAACUGCCCCCAUAUCGAGACACCCUUCAACGUUAGGUUCCUCGACGUCGACGAUGAUGGGCAAUAACAACAACAACAACAAUGCACGGUCCGUCAGUGCGAGCUCGACUUCGGCACAGAUUGGGCAGGGGUCCGGAUCCGGGUCGGGUCAGAGGGCUGUCAGUGGCAGUGCAGCGACAGCGGCGAGGCCAGCGAUGGGAUCCUCCUCGAACGCCCAGACCGGAGGUUUCCCGUUCCCUUCCUUGGGUUCUUCCUCUUCGGCUGUCGACCACAGUAACAACGGACGAACAGGGUUGAGCAGGUCGACCUCUGCCGCCGUGAUCACCAAUCAGCACCAGCAGUACCAGUAUCAAACUUCCUCUCAACAUCAACAACUCGCACACUCUCGAGCCGCCUCCUCGGCCGACGUACGACCCGGUUUGAGGCAGUUGAAAUUGUCUGUCUCGUCCACGCAAUCAUCUUCCUUGCAGUCUAUGAUCGAGCCUGUCGCACACACACGCCAGCCUCAGCCUCAAGGGCAAGGGCAAGGCCAGGCAUCGGCAGGGCCGAGCAGGCCAAGGGUCAUUUCGAACGUAUCGUCAACGGAUACAGCUUUGACCAACACUACAUCCGCCAGUACCGCAACAGCGACGACGACGACCGCUGCUCAAGCUCGACGGGCAAAUUUGGCGGCGAUCGGACAAGGACCAAUGAGGCCCGUCCGGACGUAUACUGCGUUGGGCAACCUGACCGAAGGGAGGGAGACGUCUAGCGGGAGUACGACGCCAAGGGGUAACUUGUUUGGAGCGCCAGUGAGGCCUAAUCUGCAGGCCAGGGUGACGAGUGCGGGUUUCCCACAAUCGGGAGGCGCUUCUCUGGGAGCAACUGCCGGGAAGAGGGUCGUCUCGGCCGGGGUCGGAAUGAGGAAACCGAUCUUGCCGGCGGGUGUUCAAGCUCGAGUGGACGCCAAGCAAGCUGCGUCGGCAGCCGAAGGCAAGAGGGAGGAAGAGGAAAGGGACGUCUUUACGGCCGCUCCUGCCGCGUCGGCGAAGAAGGAUACUGAGACGGGACAGGGACAAGAGAAGAGACCGGUUUCGACCGCGAGACAGACGUUUAGGCCGACAAGCUCGACGUCUCGGGAAGGUGGUGGUGGCGAGGUGAAGAGAGUCGAACGAAAUGCACCGGAGACAAGAGACGCGGCCAGGGAAGGUCAAGGGAGACCGGUCGCAAGAGCGCCAGUAUCAAGUCAAGCUGCGAUGGCUAUGCGGGCAGCCAAACAGUCGCCACAGGCCAAGUUGGUCGUCUCGCCCCGCCAACCUAGAAUCAAGACGAAACCUCCUAUCCCAUCAGCGACCGUUGCCAAGAAGAAGCCACUGCCCACGAAGGCUGGGGCGGGUGAGGCAUUUAUGCCGGGCAACGUCAAGGGUAGAGCUGCAGGACAUGUCGAGGGUAAAGAGCGGACGCCUUUCCGACCGGUGUCCAAGGGUAUCGUACGCUCUACUAGCAAGAUCAAGAUGAGUAUCCCGGAAGUGGGAUCGUCGGCCGUCUCCAGCCCUACGCCGAAAGCCAGGAUCAUCGUUUCCGCUGCAGAGGUCCAACAGGUCGCCGUCCGAAUCCCAUUGCCGCCUUCUCCUACUUCGGACUCCACCCACGAGCAGCAACAAAGCAGAAAUCCCGAUGCAAUCAUGCUGCAAGCGAUUUCGCGGCCGUUGCCAGACUCGCCUGCGAUGGCUAUGCCAGCUGCUAGCCAGAAUCCGGCGCUCCUCGCAGAAGAGAUUCCACUUCCCGACUCGGACGACGAAGGAAUCUCGCAACCUACCUCGCCUACUAUGACUCCCAAAAAGUUUGGCCAGAUCGAAUCUCUUCGUCUGGCCGACCUCUUGUCUAGCAAGAAUAUCUCAACGGAUCGCAAUGUCGACAUUGUUCUGCUCGUAGACGAAGCGUGUCCGGUAGCUGCUAGCAGUCCUGCGCCGUCCUCAUCGGCCGAGACAAUUCCUAUGGAAUGGGAGUCAGACGUUCAAACGGAGGAUGAAGGUGCCGAGGGCGACAUCGAAACUGAAGCCGAAACAUCCAUCGCUAGCGUGACUUUCAAGAAGCCGGAAGAUCGCAAUCCCGCCCAAAAGAACUCGUUGGCCAGAGCGGUAGCUCGGAGACUUGUCGCACAGAAGGCCGAAAUGGAAAAGGAAAUUGAUCUCCUCAGAUUCUCCUCGGAAAGCGAGCCGGAGAAGGAGGUCGACCUGCUUGAAUUUUCCGAGGCUUCUGGAGCGGAAGACGAAGUGGUGGUCAAGGGGGGCAAGCCUGUAGCCUCUAGGAUACUCGCCGACAAGGGGAACCUUCUAGUCAAGCCCGUCGCAUUACCCGCCACGCCUGACAAGUUAUCGCCCUCGCAAAAGCGGCCUCGAGUCAAGCAAUUGCAGGAGUUUUUCGAAAAUUUGAGCCCGCCUGAGCAGAACGAAGGGCAAUCUCCAGGCCGAAGCUCGCCUCUAGGUCACACGUCGGGUCGUGCAAAAGUCCGCAUGUUGGGUCAUAGCAGCGCUACACCGAGUAACAGCCCGCCUCCAAGAAUGACUGCUUGA